UUCAGGCAGCUGUUGAUACUGCCGGCUGAUACAAUAUAUAUUUAAUACAUAAAACAGACAGUGUUUUAUCGCCACACGAAGACUCGGAGGAAACACAGGAUGUUUGUUUUUAUUAUAAGCAGUGUCAUUUGAUGACUGUCGGCGUUUUAUCGUGGAGAAAUGCGCGGAUUUAUGGAUUCAGAGAUUUAAAUGAGGAUCAUGGCGCUUCAGGGUGGAGAAUCGCUCGAAUCCUGGCUCAAUAAAGCCACACACCCCACAAACCGACAGGAAGACUGGGAAUAUAUAAUCGGGUUUUGUGACCAGAUCAAUAAGGAGUUGGAAGGUCCUCGGGUAGCUGUGAGACUGCUCGCUCACAAAAUAUAUUCAUCACAAGAAUGGGAAGCCCUUCAAGCUCUGACGGUGCUGGAGGCGUGUAUGAAGAACUGUGGCCGAAGAUUUCACAAUGAAAUAGCCAGAUAUAGGUUUUUAAAUGAUUUGGUGAAAGUGGUUUCACCCACGUACAUGGGAGACAGUGCCUCUGAGAAGGUGAAGAGUAAGAUCAUUGAGAUGUUGUACAGUUGGACGGUAGCAUUUCCUAAUGAGGCCAAAAUAUCAGAGGCUUACCAGGUACUCAAGAUGCAAGGUCUCAUAAGGUCAGAUCCAGAACUGACAGCUGAUAAAACUCUCGCUCCGUCGCCUCCCACACGCCCCAAAAACCCUGUGUUUGAUAACGAGGACAUGGGGAAGCUGUUGGCCGAACUUCUGAGGAGCAAAAACCCAGAAGACCUUCAGGAGGCAAACAGACUCAUAAAAAACAUGGUGAAAGAGGAUGAAGCUCGGGUGCAGAAGAUGUCCAAACGCAUCCACACACUGGAGGAGGUCGACAACAACGUGAAGCUCCUGGGAGAGAUGUUGAGUCAUUACGACAGGGACAGAUCAUCGGACGCCGACCACGAGCUCAUCAAGGAGCUGUAUGACCGCUGUGACAAACUCAGACGCACCGCUUUCAAACUGGCCACUGAAGCCGAGGAUAAUGACUCCAGUUUAGGUGAUAUUCUCAAGGCAAAUGAUGAUUUGUCAAGAGUAAUCGGCUCUUAUAAACAAAUCGUGGAAGGGCAGGUGGACGAGAGCGAGGUUGAAGAUCCCAGACCAGCAACCGGUGAAGGAUGUGAGACCACAUUGAUUGAUCUGACUGGUCUGGAUGAACCUUCCUCUCCCCCAACAGUCCCUCCUCCAGCUCCUCCUCCUCAGGUCCCCUUGACCAAUCCCAUGGACUCUUCCUUCCCUGUGCUGCCGCCGCCUCCUUGUCGAUUGGGUGGUGGUCACAGCAGUCAAACGAGCAGCCCCAAUCACAAACCCCCAGAGCAGCAAACGUCCCUCUUGCUUCUGGAUGAUGAACUCUUGUGUCUCGGACUAAAUGAUCCACCCUCUGUGCCAAACAGACCAAAAUUGGAUGAAUUAUCUGAUCAAUGGACCUCCUUACAGGCUCCUGAUCCAGGCCUGGACCUGUUUGGGAACAUCUCAGAACCAAGCACCGUCUUUCCAACAACAAACACAACCUCACACACACCGGCUUUCAGUCAGGGGUUGCAGGAUCUCUCCAUCCUGGAGUUUGGAGCUGGAAACAGUCUGAGUGGAAUCGCUGGUGGUAGUUUUGGUCUUUCUGGAGGUGUAAUGAGCUCCAUGGCAGCCCCUCUUCAGCCCAUUAACCCAUUUGUGAACGCUGCGUUGCCCGGCUCGCCCGCUGUGGCCCGGGCUUAUGCGGUGGCGGGCGGUUCGGCUCCGGACAGCCUGUUCUUUCAGCCCUUUUCUUCCCUGUCUCACUGUCAUCAGAGCAGCUCAGUGCAGAGCUCUGAGCCCAGCCUGUCUAACCUCCACAUCCCCCUCGAAUCCAUCAGACCAAGUAAAGUGUUGCCUGUGACGGUUUACGAUAAAGACGGAGUUCGUGUUCUGAUGCACUUUGCGAUGGACUGCCCGCCGGGUAGACCAGAUGUCCUGGUUAUCGUGGUGUCUCUGAUCAACAUGGCGCCAUUACCUGUGAGGAAUAUACUGCUCCAGUCAGCCGUGCCCAAGUCUAUGCGGGUGAAGCUUCAACCUCCUUCAGGUGCUGAGAUCGCUCCCUUUAACCCCAUCCUGCCUCCCGCCUCCAUCACUCAGGUCAUGCUGCUCGCAAACCCUCUGAAGGAGCAGGUGCGUCUGCGCUUGAAGUUGACGUAUCUGUUGGGAGAUCGGCAGUACUCUGAGGUCAGAGAGCUCGAUCAGUUUCCUCCAGCGACCAGAUGGGGUUCCCUCUAGAAUCUUACACUGCUGAUGUACAUAACUGCUGCAUAACCCUGUUGCUAUUUCUUUUUCAAUCUUUGUUGUAUUGUAGCAUCGUCAAACAGCAUUCGAUGCCUGAUAGUUUUUUUUUUUUAAAUAUCACUUAAUUUAGAUAUUAAUACAGUUACGCAAAGUCUUCAGAAAACACAUAUCUGAACCCGGAGAUGCUUUGGAGAUCUUGCAGUUAUUGUUACUACAGUUCAUCUGUGGUAACUUGAUAUUCACCAACACUGUCAUCAAGCAAUUAUUAAAAUGGCAAUAAAUUUUCAUUUCCCUCCCCAAUUUGUAAUGCCCAAUUCCCAAUCAGUCUAAGUCCUCGUGGUACAUACACACACACACACACACACACACACACACGUAUAUAUAUAUAUAUAUAUACACAAACACACAACGAUCAGCCACAACAUUAAAACCACCUGCCUAAUAUUAUGUAGGUCCCCCUCGUGCCACCAACCCGCCUCUCAGAACAGCAUUCAGAGAUUAUAUUCAUCUCACCACAAUUGUACAGAGUGGUUAUCCGAGUUACUGUAGACUUUGUCAGCUCGAACCAGUCUGGCCAUUCUCCGUUGACCUCUCUCAUCAACAAGGCGUUCCCGUCUGCAGAACUGCCCCUCACUGGAUGGUUUUUGUUUUUGGCACCAUUCUGAGUAAAUUCUAGAGUCUGUUGUGUGUGAAAAUCCCAGAAAUACUCAAACCAGCCUGUCUGGCAUCCAUGUGAUUAUCUAAUCAGCCAAUCAUGUGGCAGCAGUGCAGUGUAUAUAAUCAUGCAGAUACGGGUCAGGAGCUUCAGUUAUUCUGAUGGGAAACUCUGGGUCCGGCAAUUCACGUGGACGUCAAUUUGACACGUGCCGCCUACCUAAACGUAGUUGCAGACCAGGUACACCCCUUCAUGGCAAUGGUAUUCCCUGAUGGUUGUGCCCUCUUUCAGCAGGAUAAUGCGUCCUGCCACACUGCACACAUUGUUUGUGAAUGGUUUGAGGAACAUGAUGUAGAGUUCGAGGUGUUGCCCUGGCCUCCAAAUUCCCCAGAUCUCAAUCCGAUUGAGCAUCUGAGGAUGUCCUGGACCAACAAGUUUGAUUCACAACGGCUCCACCUCGCCACUUACAGGGCUUGAAAGAUCUGCUGCUGAUGUCUUGGUGCCAGAUACCACAGGACACCUUCAGGGGUCUUGUAGAGUCCAUGCCUCGGCGGGUCGGCGCUGUUUAGGUGGCACGUGGAGGUCCAACAUCAUAUUAGGCAGGUGGUCAUAAUGUUUUGGCGGAUGGAUGGAAACAAAAUGAACCACACAACUCCUUCACUGUUAGAACCGUCCCAAAUUGUGGUAACAGGGUUGUUUAUUAAAUGUACAUUUUCUUGAGGUCAAGCACCUUUUUUCACCACUACUAUGUUGAAAGAAAAGAAAAAGACUAACCCAUUAUUUUUUAAAGGUUCAGGCUCUGUUUUAUACCCUUUUGUUGAAAGUAACAACUAUAUUAACUUUGAUAUUCAGGCAGGAAAUACGAUUACUGUGGUAAAUUCAGUAGCUGAGAUGAUACUGAUGGUGUCACAUGACCUUGCUGCUGUCUGUGGAGUAUAUUUGUACCAUUAUUUCACUCUAUUCUGACAAUAACAGCUGAUAAAAUACUCUUAUUUGUUUCUAGAACUAUACCUGAUCGACAGCUCUUAAAGUGUGAGAAUGUACCUGCAGUAAAAUGAGUUUACACGCACAUACAGUCCGAGUAGCACAAUGAUUUGGUGUAAUUCGUUGUCUUAAUUUGUAUGUUUUUUAUCUUGUGUUUUAAAGUUCAGUUCUGUGUCUGGUUUUAUUUAUGGCUGCAAGAUGAGCGUUUGGAGUUUACUCGAUUUUUAUGAUCUCUAGUGAACGACCCGUAUUAACCAUAUUAGCUUUGUUUAUUUAAUUAUAUCACAUAUUUACAUUGCAUCACUUCCUGAAGCUUGAAUUGGGUGUAUCUCACGAAACCUGUCCAGGUCAUAUUUCCCCCUAAAAUCUAAAGAAUGAAUUGAUUAAAUGGUGUGCCGAUUAAUCGCAUAUAUAAAUGCUUGCUGAGAAAGCCCCUCAAAUAACAAUAAUUCUCUAUAAAAUAAUGAAAUAAUUAUAAAUGGUUAUAUUUAAAUAAUUACAAAUUUAAAAAAAUCAUAUUCCGAUAAUUAAAAUGAAUGACAUUAUUGUGGCAGAGGAGUUAAUCAUUGAUAAUGCAACACAAAAAGCGGCUUUAGAAUACAAUAUAUUGUUUAUUUGCAUAUUAUUGAACAUGAGCCAAUCAUUGGCCUACAGUUCACAGCAAUCCAUUUCACAAGUGAACUUCUCAACCAGUCGGAGAUUUAUUAUGAGGGCUUCUUUAAGGAUGCUUCGAUGUACACUGAAUAGGACGGACAAUUUUGGAGCGCCUCACUUUGGUUGUGUCGCGUCAUAAACAUGCUGAUUUUAGGUAGCUGUGUCAAGUUAAAGGUAGUUUAAUACUUAGAAAAACACAUCUUGAGAUCACAAAGUUUGGAUUUGCGCUCCAUCAAGCUGUGUUUGUAAGCAAGAACACGUCCUCGUGUUGUGCUCUCUGCUACGGGUUGGUUUCUUCUCUUUAUAAGCUGCGUGUUGCCUGUACAGCUGGAGUGUCUGCUACUGCCCCCUGGAGGAAACACGUGGUACUUCAAGCUUGAAUUGCUCAGGUACAUGGGCACGA